AUGAAUUCGACUUUGGCGUUGCUAGUAUUCUUAUCCUGGGUGCUGCUUCCCAUUGCGAGCGCCCUACACAUCAUCGACGAGACCAUCGAUAAGUUUCUCCUCGGAGAGUAUGACUACAUCGUCGUCGGUGGCGGCCUCUCAGGAUUGGUCGUCGCGAACCGCCUAAGCGAGGAUACCAACACGACUGUCCUCGUAAUCGAGUCUGGCGAGCUCGACAACCGUGAGAGCAGGGUCAUCGCGCCCGGCUACAUCGGUCUCACACCGCCCUCACCAUACGGCAAAAGCGUCACGACGGCUCCUCAGAAGUACCUCGACGGCAAGACGCGUGGGAUCAGCCAGGGAAGAGUCAUUGGGGGUGGUUCCGUCACGAAUGGCAUGUGCUGGACAAGAGGCUCGGCCGCGGACUUUGAUUCUUGGGAGGAGUUAGGAAACCGGGGAUGGGGUUGGAACGGCCUUCUUCCCUACUUCAAGAAGGUUGAGACGUAUACUAUGAAUGUUGAUCAAAACAUCCAGGACCGCCUCAACAUCCACCCAGAUAUGUCGGUUCACGGCACAGAAGGACCCAUCAACGUCGCUUACCCUGACUACUUCUACAAUUCCUCGGAUCAUGUCAUUCACGGACUGUCAGAGAUGGGCAUACACCUCUCGGGCGACCUUAACACGGGCGACCCGACGGGAGCCAUGAUGGUUCCGUCCAGCAUGUCUCCCACUAACCAGACCCGCUCCGAUGCGAGAACAGGCUACUUCGACCCGGCCAUCUCGCGUUCGAACCUGCACAUCGUUACCGGACAGACCGCGACGCGUCUCAUUGUGGGCUUGCCCGGCUCGCUGGCCAAGGAGGGAACCCGCCGUCGAAUCAUUGGGGUCGAUUUCUUGUCUGAGCCUUUUGGCAUCAAUCGAACCAUCACCACCAAAAGGGAAGUCAUCCUGGCCGCUGGCGCCAUCCAGUCGCCCACGCUUCUCCAGGUUUCAGGUAUUGGUCCUCGGAAAGUCUUGGAGUCUUUGAAUAUCUCUGUGCAGAUCGAGCUGCCCGGUGUCGGGAACAACUUUCAGGAUCAUCCCAUGGCCCAAUUUGGGUUUGACUACUCUAACUCGUCCAUAUUCACUUCUCGCGACCUAACCGGCGCCGCCUUCGAUAGCGCGCUCGACACCUUUGUGAAAAACCACACUGGCCCCCUAACCGCACCUCUCAUCAACACAGUCGCCUUCCCAAGUCUCCAAUACCACGCCUCAGAAUGGAAACCUCUCCUCCAACACUCAACAAACCAAUCCUCCUUCACCUUCCUUCCCCUCGACACCCCGCCAACAGUCCAAUCCGGCUACACCCGACAAAAGCGCCUCGUCCUCGCCCACCUAGCCCGCCCCGACGUGGGCGCCUACGAGCUCCUUGCCGCCUCCUGGGGCCAAAUGUCCAUUGCCAACCAAAAACCCCUAUCCCGCGGCACCGUCCGCCCCCGUUCCGCCUCAAUCUUUGACGGACCUCUGGUAGACCCACGGUACUGCGCCGACCCGCUCGACUGCAAAAUCAUCCGUCUCGGCCUGCAACUCGUCCAACGCCUCAUGCGAACGGAGGCGAUGACGCCCUUGCAGCCCGUCGUUGAGGAUCCGCGUUUGAACUCGACGGACGAGACGGAGCUCAUGGCGGCGCUGAAACCGCUUGUUGGCACGGAGUAUCACCCCAGCGGCACGACGAGCAUGAUGCCGAUAGAACUGGGCGGGGUCGUGGAUGCAGAGCUGAUGGUGUAUGGGACGUGUAACCUCCGCAUCGUCGACGCGGGUAUUAUGCCGCUGGUUCCUGGGGCGCAUAUACAGGCUGCUGUGUAUGCCGUUGCCGAAAAGGCUGCGGAUAUAAUCAAGGAUGCUAAGGGUGGACCGGACUUGUGUCCUUUGGGUAGGCCGGAGUGGCCACCUGUUUAA